AUGCUCGCCCCGCGGCUAAUUAGCUGCCUGCUACCCUGGCUUCUGAUCCCAUAUGUCACGUGUACACCUUUUCCAGCACGAAGGAGUUCUCAUGCGAGCCGACAAUCCGAAGUGGGCGCAGUGAUCGGAGCGAAGACGAGGGACGAAAACGGAAAUGCGUAUGUCCGUCGAGAGGUGAGAGACCUGAAGAACAGAUUUCCAGACCAAUGGACUCUCUACAUACUGGCGCUGCAAAAGCUUCAUCAAACUCCACAGAACAACCCCAACUCAUUUUAUGGUCUAUCAUCGAUACAUGGCAGGCCUUACGAAAUUUGGGGAGAUGCGAAAGGACUGCCAGACAAGAUCGGUAAAGCAGGCUACUGCCCACAUGGCAAUGAAUUGUUCAUGGGUUGGCAUCGCCCGUAUCUCGCACUCUUCGAACAAGUACUAUCCGGUCAUGUCCAUGAUAUCGCCGGGCAAGCACCAGCUGAUCAGAUGGAACGAUUUCUCGCAGCAGCUAACGAAUUCCGCAUACCGUAUUGGGACUGGGCCCAGGGGACUACCACUGGCCCUGUUCCUGAGAUGUUUACAUCUCCUUACUUGACGGUGACGGAUACGGAUGGCACCCCGGUAGUGCUAUCGAAUCCGCUGUAUUCGUAUACAUUUAAUCCCAUACCCGAGGGUUUUGACAUGAAGUGGCGCCAAAUGAGCACGACAAUACGAUGGCCGGAGAACGACACCCCAAAUGCGACAUCACAACAAUUCAAGUUUGUAGAUGCUUUUAGGGCCCAAUCUACCAACUUGAUAGUCCAAGUAGGGGUUGCCUUCCGGUCCAGCACCUUCUCGCGGUUCUCGAGUAUACUAGAAGACCCACAUGGUUGGAUACACGGUGUGAUUGGCGGCGGCUAUGACUCCAAGCAACCUUGGGCCGGUCAUAUGUGGCCGCUAGAGUACUCGUCUUACGAACCUCUCUUUAUGUUACAUCAUGCCAACGUCGACCGAUUACUCGCGUUAUACCAAGGAGCGCACCCUGAUCGUUGGAUGGAACCUUCCGAUAUAGGGCCACACGGGAACGUGUACCUUGAGGACUACCAAACCGUAAGCGCAGACACGCAUCUUAUGCCGUUUAGAAAGGCAUCUGGCCAGUUUCUUACUUUUAACGACUGUCGCAAUACUACAGUCUUCGGUUAUGCUUAUCCGGAAACACAGCGUUGGAACUUCGCAUCGGACGAAGACUAUCAGAGAGACGUCACAACGACCAUCACAAACCUUUACGGCGGACAUACACGGGCACAGGUCCAAGUACAAGUUACUACGCAGCAUGUAACAGCGUUUGGACAGGCGCUACUGGAUAACAACAACACGUACACCGAAUGGACUAUUGAGACGCAAGUUAUCGCUUCCAGGCUCCCACCAACAUUCAUCCUCAGCUUCUCGUUGGUCGGCCUAUCUCAGUCGAGUUCUAUAAUCGACUUGGGAAGUUGGAUGAUGCUGAUGCCGGAGCGCAACGAUGACUUGCACAGUAUGGGAGUUUCAACUGUGCCAGAGGUGAAGAUGAAUGGAACGACAAGUAUCACAACAUAUCUUGUCGAUCGCGUUAACGCCAAUGAGUUGGCCAGCCUAGAUCCCAACGACGUUGUGCCAUAUUUGAGCAGCUACCUAACCUGGAACGUCUACGAUGAACACGGUGAGCGCAUUCCGUUCCCAGAUACCAAAACACUGAAGGUAGAUGUCUUCGGCACCAGCGCGCACGUGCCAGACGACCCUAAUGCACCGAUUGAGUACCAUGAAGGUAACGCCAUAGCUUAUCCGGAGAUCACGGCUAGCAAGGCCAACGGCUCGAACAAGAACCCACCGGGGAUGAUGCCUCCCUGA